GGGGAGAAGGGGAGGAGGCCUCAGCAGCAGAGAGAAGUGGCCAGAGAGGCCCAGGGGACAGCCAGGGACAGGCAGACAUGCAGCCAGAGCCCCGAGGCCUGGACAGGGGCUGCCAGGCCCCGUGACGGGAGGACCCCGAGCCCCCGGCCCGGGGAGGGGGCCAUGGUGCUGCCUGCCCGACAUGUCAGCCGAGGUGCGGCUGAGGCGGCUCGAGCAGCUGGUGCUGGACCCCGGCUUCCUGGGGCUGGAGCCCCUGCUCGACCUUCUCCUGGGCGUCCACCAGGAGCUGGGCGCCUCCGACCUGGCCCAGGACAAGUAUGUGGCCGACUUCUUGCAGUGGGUGGAGCCCAUCGCCGAGAGGCUUAAGGAGGCCCGACUGCAGAGGGAUGACUUCGAGAUUCUGAAGGUGAUCGGACGCGGGGCGUUCAGCGAGGUGGCGGUGGUGAAGAUGAAGCAGACGGGCCAGGUGUACGCCAUGAAGAUCAUGAAUAAAUGGGACAUGCUGAAGAGAGGCGAGGUGUCGUGCUUCCGCGAGGAGAGGGAUGUGUUGGUGAACGGGGACCGGCGCUGGAUCACGGAGCUGCACUUCGCUUUCCAGGACGAGAACUACCUGUACCUGGUCAUGGAGUACUACGUGGGCGGGGACCUGCUAACGCUGCUGAGCAAGUUUGGGGAGCGGAUCCCAGCCGAAAUGGCGCGCUUCUACCUGGCCGAGAUUGUCAUGGCCAUAGACUCAGUGCACCGGCUGGGCUAUGUACACAGGGACAUCAAACCCGACAACAUCCUGCUGGACCGCUGUGGCCACAUCCGCUUGGCCGACUUCGGGUCCUGCCUCAAGUUGAGGGCGGACGGAACGGUGCGGUCGCUGGUGGCGGUGGGCACCCCGGACUACUUGUCCCCUGAGAUCCUGCAGGCUGUGGGCGGCGGGCCCGGGCUGGGCAGCUAUGGGCCCGAGUGUGACUGGUGGGCACUGGGAGUGUUCGCCUAUGAAAUGUUCUACGGGCAGACGCCCUUCUACGCCGACUCCACGGCUGAGACCUACGGCAAGAUCGUGCACUACAAGGAGCACCUGUCUCUACCGCUUGCCGACGCAGGGGUCCCUGAGGAGGCCCGAGACCUCAUCCAGCGGCUGCUGUGUCCUCCUGAGACGCGGCUGGGCCGGGACGGAGCAGGUGAUUUCCAGAAUCAUCCUUUUUUCUUUGGCCUUGACUGGGACAGUCUCCGAGACAGCGUGCCCCCAUUUACACCGGAUUUCGAGGGUGCCACUGACACGUGCAACUUCGAUGUGGUGGAAGACGGGCUCACUGCCAUGGUGAGCGGGGGCGGGGAGACGCUGUCCGACAUGCGGGAAGGCAUGCCCCUGGGGGUCCACCUGCCAUUUGUGGGCUACUCCUACUCCUGCAUGGCCCUCAGGGACGAGGAGGUCCCAGGCCCCACGGCCAUGGAACUGGAGGCCGAGCCAUUGCCUGAGCCACCUGUGCGGGCGCCCAGCCCGGAGCCCACGGUGCUGCCACCAGAGGAAACAGCCGAAGCGGCAGCUCCGGAGGCCGUUCCCGCGGCGGCGGCGGCGGCGGCGGUGGCGGCGGAGGCCCAGGUGACGCUGCGGGAGCUCCAGGAGGCCCUGGAGGAGGAGGUGCUUACACGGCAGAGCCUGAGCCGGGAGCUGGAGGCCAUCCGCACAGCCAACCAGAGCUUCGCCAGUCAGCUCCGUGAGGCCGAGGCCCGGAACCGAGACCUGGAGGCGCGCGUCCGGCAGCUGCAGGAGCGGAUGGAGCUGCUGCAGGCCGGGGGAGACGCAGCUGUCACGGGGGUCCCCAGUCCCCGGGCCACGGAUGCACCUUCCCAUCUAGAUGGCCCCCCGGCCGUGGCUCUGGGCCAAUGCCCGCUGGUGGGGCCGGGCCCCAUGCACCGCCGCCACCUGCUGCUCCCUGCCAGGGUCCCUAAGCCUGACCUAUCGGAGGCGCGUUCCCUGCUCCUGUUCGCCGUUGCUCUGGCUGCUGCCGCCGCCUUGGGCUGCACUGGGUUGGUGGCCUGCGCCCACCAUCUCGCCCCGGUCUGGCGCCACCCGGGAGCCGCCUUCGCCCCCUGAACCCUAGGACCCCAAGCUGGAGGGUUGGGUGACCUGGGCACGGCGCAGAAGCCAUUCCUACCGCCUCCCCGUUCACACCGCCUCCCAGCGUGGGUCUCCGCCCGAGCUCCAGCCCUGUGAUCCGGGCCCGCCCCCUGGCGGCCGGGGAGGGAGGAGCAGGGGGCUCCAGGGAGGCUUGUAACCGGGAAUGCUGCAGUUGCUGCUGGGGAGAAUCGCAGACCAACCACCUACUAACUCCGGCCUGGCUGAGGCCCCGCCGUGGAUGGGCAAACUGCGAUCUAGAGGAGACAGCAGGGCCAGGGCUCGGCCAUCAGUUUUUCACCCUCCACGCGCCCCCCGCCUAUCGGCUCGCAGACCACAAAUCCCUGUGCAUGAGGCCCUACUAUCCUGGGAAUGUUCUCUUCCCGCGGCGAACGUCUAGUGCGAGCCCCGCCCGCCUUCUCGAGAACCUUUUGCUUUCGCCAGCCCCGCUUUUUCGGGGACUCGCGCGCCCUCCUCACGUACGUAGCUCUCGGGGCCACAGCAGGCUCCGCCCGCCUCGGCAGUUUGGGUAUUUAUUGACCUGUCCUCCGACCCGCCAAGUUCCAGGACCCCAGCACCCUAAUCCACGUUUUGGAUGCACUGAGACCCCGACAUUCCUCAGUAUUUAUUGUCUCUCCACACCUAGGACCCCACCCCCGAUCCUCGCGAAUAAAAGGCCCUCCCGUCUGCCCAAA